CAGAGGGUGAGGGCAGGAAACACUGAUGUCAGUCAACGCCUCUGCAACACGCUAGCACCACAGAAGGAGGAGAGGUAAGAGGAGGUGAACCACAGCAGCAGUGGAGGAGCAGAGCUGGAUCGAGAAGGUGAACUAUCGCAGACAGAAGGAGGUGGAUAAAGGAGAGGAGAAGCUUGACAUAAAUGUGAAGAGCAAAGGAGUACAAGAGCCAAAGUGGAGAGGGAGAGAAAAAGGAAGAGAGCUUUCUGAAAGAGGAGGAGAGGAGGAACUCGAGUGAGAUAUAUAAACAACGGCUGGUGUGGUGAAAGGUGGAGCAGCAGGUCAAGGGGAGACAGGUGAAGUAAGGAGAGCAGGACCUGCGGUGGUGCCAUCAUGGAGGAGGACAUCAGAAAGCAGGGGAUGCUCUUCCUCCAGCAGCAGCGCUUUGGAAAGAAGUGGAGGAAGGUGUGGUGCGUCCUCUACAGAGAAAGCUCCUGCUCCAUCUCCAGACUGGAGUUCUUUGAGUGCAAAGAUGGAAACCUGGAAAAGAACGACAAAAAUCUGCGCAAACAGCAGGACCACAAGAAGGUGAUCCGUCUGGCGGACUGCAUACGGGUCACCGAGGUGGAGAUGGAGGGGUGUCCCAAAGACACCAGGUCCUUCCUGAUUGAAACCACAGAAAAGAUGUUUGUGUUUGCUGCUGACAGAAACCAGCUGGAUGACUGGACGCACAAACUGUGCGAGAUUGCCUUUCCUAUGAACUGGUUGGACCAAGGAUCAAAGUCCAGCAACCUCCAGAGAGGAAACCAGCUGGAGAGGAGCCAAGGGAUGGAGGACAACUCCCUGUACAGCGGCAGAGAGACAGCUCGUGACUUCAGAGUGAGUGUUCGGAAGACAGACGCAUCAGAUCGCUGCCGGCUAAAGGGUGACGGCGUCCUACGGGCGGACACGGAGGCUCUGCACCUGCUGGACAGGGCGGGAGAUGUCGUGUACUCCUGGCCGUAUCGGUAUCUGCGACGGUUCGGACGGGACAAGUGCACUUUCUCCUUCGAGGCGGGUCGCAGGUGCGACUCCGGUGAGGGGAACUUCGAGUUUGACACCAAAGAGGGGAACUUCCUGUUCCAGGCUGUGGAGGCUGCCAUCAACCUGCAGAAGAUCUCCCUUCCACAAAGACAGAUCUCCGCGGGGGGCCAGGGAGGAGCAGACACUCCUCAGAACCCCAACCAAACAACCCCGUCUCUCAACCUGCCCUCUGCCCACAGCUGGACGCCGCCAACGCCUCAUCCCCGCACCCAAAUCCCACAACCCCCAUCUCCUCAGGCGGAUGGCGUGUACAGCAUGGUGAGCGAACCUGUACACCUUCAGACUAUGCAGCACAAGGACAACGACAGAUCUACCUCCCCACAGCAGCAACAGCGCCCCCAGAUGUCUCAACUGGAGCCUCCCCGAGACAAAAUCUUGACUGGAGUGAAGAGUUUGACUUUGGACAACCGUGGACUCCCUGUUUCACGAAAGAAUCAGGUCAAAAUGAUCUCCAGCUGCCCUCUGCCCAACCCUGGACCAGAUUCUAAACCCAACCCGCCCCCCAACCCUCACCACGGCUCCAAACUCAGCUCCAACCCGAAUGGUAGCCAGACAUACUCUCAGGUCAGCCACGGAGCAGUUUCAAGGCGGAGCAUCAAGAGGGAGAAUAUGGGCGGCGGCAUCAGUCCCCCCUGUACCCCACCUCUGAAAAGCAAGGAUCCAGAUUACUCCUUACCCUUUGACACCCUAAUCUCCAGUGACAUCCUGAACUCCCUUCAGGCUUUUGGCGAUGAUGCAGGUGCUGAUCCUCUGUACGACAGCAUAGACGAGAUGAAGAUCAGGAACAUCUUCCGGGAUGAAACUGAAACUCUCGGGCCAGCAUAUGGAAAGUUAGAGCACAUCUACGAUGAGCCGGAAGGCUGCGCGGUCCCUGCCCCAACACAGGAGUUUGUCCCUGCCACCGUGGUCUACGACAAUCCUGAGGAGAUGAAGGGGGACGCCUGGAAGAUUAUGGGCACGACCGCAGACCCUAAAGGUCACGAGUACCCCUACAACCCCCGCGUGGACGACUAUGCCGUACCCAAACGGGUUCAGAGGGUGAUGACCGCCUCACAGGGCUGCAGUCAGGAAGCACAGCAAGAAGAAGGAGAGGAGCAACCUGAACUAGAAGAAGGGGAGGAGCAGACGGAGGAAAUGCGAGAUUCACCGUACAAGAAUGUGAUGAUGAAAAUCGAGUAGAAGACUGAAGGGAUCAAAAUCCAGUUCGGAAGGCAUGAUGGCCUGCUUGUUUUUCAGAUUUCCCCGCCAUACCUGCUAUUAAUUUGAGGAAACUGACAGGGCAGAUGUUUGUACCUCUAACUGCACCUUUUCCAGAUUCCUCGUCAAAGACGCUCCAAGAGAUCUUCUUUUGUUCUGUGAUCUGUGUUAAAGACUGUUUGUUACCCAGUUCUUCAUGUGAAGAUAAACUUACAGCAACAUUCACACCCUAAAAAAUAGUUUGCUGUCAACUAUUGUAAAUAAGGAGUUACCACAUAAAAUAUGAGUUACUUGGUAUGCCUAAAAUUAACCUUCUGUCCUAAUAAAGAUUAAUUUAUCUGCUCAUUUAACCAAUGUAAAAUGUUUAUCAUUUGAAAUGUUCACUGUGAUGUACUAAACAGAAUGCAACAUUUUAA